UAACGGUUACUGUCACUCAGUGUCACUGUCCUUGUCAGUGACACAGGAGGUGAAGGCCACUCCACUCUAUGCACAGCACACCACCAUGGGUACGGAUCACACCACCUUUGAGAUGGACUGGGUGACCUUGUUUGAUGAUGACUUCAAAGACCUAUAUCCGGAGAACAAUAAUAGCUCCUUUCUGGAUGAUUAUGCUUCCCAGUCGUGUGUGUUAGAUGAUGGGGCCAUGCGUCUGUUCCGCACCGUAUUCCUGCCGCUGGUCUACAGCCUGGUCUUCCUCUUGGGCGCUGCUGGCAAUGGCGUCAUGGUCACAGUGUUGCUAAGACACAAGGGCCACUUGCGUGUGACGGAGAUCUACCUGGUGCACCUGGGUCUGGCGGACCUGCUGCUGGUGUCCACGCUGCCCUUCGUGGUGGCACGGGAGCUGGCAGGGUGGCUGUUUGGGGUCGCCCUCUGCAAGAUACUCAACCUGCUGGCGUAUGUGAGUCUGCUGUGCUCCUCUCUCCUGCUGGCCUGCAUCAGUUUCGACCGCUACCUGGCUAUAGUGCACGCCGUGCCCAGCCUCCACAGCCGCCGACCCCGCACUGUACACCUCACCUGCGGCCUGCUCUGGCUGGUCUGCCUCGCCCUGGCAAUGCCUGAAGCUGUCUUUACCACAGUCAUCACGGUUCCCAACUCCUCUGAGCUGCAGUGUUCGCACGCGGGCAGCGAGAGCAGUGAUUGGACGGUGCUGAGCCGCUUGCUACUCCACCUGCUGGGCUUCUUCGCACCGCUGUGUGUGAUGUGUGUAUGCUACACCGCCGUGGUGCUCACGCUGUGCCGGCGCCGGGACCCAGGGCGACAUCGCGGGAGUAGUACACACGGUAGUAGCCCGGAGAAGCAGGGUGCGAUCCGGCUGGCCCUGGUGGUCACAGUGGCCUUCUGCCUCUGCUGGCUUCCCCAUAACAUGGCUCAGCUGCUGAGCACGCUGGUAGAGCUGGGACCCCUGGCACACCUCAGCUGCAGCGCAGCACUUCAGCGCACCCUGGUGGUGAGCGAGAGUAUGGGCUAUGUGCACAGCUGCCUGAACCCCAUCCUGUAUGCUUUUGUGGGGGUUCGCUUCCGCAGGGAGCUCUGGCUGCUGCUGGAGAAGUGGGGGUUGUGUCGCCAGUGUGUGCCCCCCGGUAGAGGCAGUAGGGCGUCCUACUCAGACGGCCUCACCUCAACCACCAACACCAAGGCCAUGUGAUCAGAAAAACUACACAUCCAAGAGGCAACUGUACUGUUCGAAAGUGAAGUGUGCUUCAAAAUCUACCAAGUGCCGCGCUCUUGAUUCGUAGAUUUUCCAAAGCAGCACUUGCUGCAUCCU